CAUGAUUUAUAACCAAUUGUUCCAGAAGAUAGUUGCCAGUGGUGCGGAUGGCUAUGUUUACGUGUUCGCUUUUGAAACGGGAGAUAGAAUCCUCCAAUUCUCAGCCCAUCGUACAGAAGUUUAUGGGCAGGAGGAAGGUUUGGAAAUUACAACUAUGGCAUUUGAUUAUUCUCAAAGACGCUUAUUCACUGCCGGAAGAGAUGGUAUUGUAAGAUGCUGGAAUUUCAAUAAUGGAAUGAUGUUACAAGAACUACGGGAAGCUAUUGGUUCAGAGAUAAUGACUAUAGCUACCUCACCGAAAAAAAAGAUCUGGACUGCUGGUUGGAAUAGAAUAUUGAUAGAAUAUGACGAUAAUCCAACGACUGUAGAGACUGAAACUAAGAAGCUCUUUUACGAUAGAUGGCAUAAUGAAGAUAUUCAAACUGCAUGCUGUGACCUGAGAUCAGGUAGAUUAGCGACAGCUUCAUACGAUGGCGAUAUUUAUUUGUGGAAUGUGGAAACCCAUCAACCUUUGAUGAAAUUCAAUGCAAGUAAAGGAGUUGUUAUUUCCAUGUCGCUAUAUAAAGACAUAUCAACAACAACUAAAGAAAAUACACUUGAAGGUCACCCCAUUACGGAAAAAGUAGCAAGAGCACGUCAGAGAUAUAUUCCAAGAAAUCGGCACCCUUUGUCUGUGAUCGAAAGAAUACGUAACGAACAAAAAAGAUCGAAAAUGGGUGUCUCCAGAGAACAAUCACCCUGCAGAGUCAAAUUGAAAGAAAGACGGAUGACUAUCAACAGGCUGCAAAAGGCAACUAAAAAUUGUCAUAAAUUUAUAAAGUCAACUGGGGCAACUGAAAGAGGAAAACUGGAUUCUAAAGUUAUCUCGCUUUCACAAGUAUCUCAUUCUUCGUUGUCCAGCACACCUGAUAAAUUAGAGAAGAAUAAAGCUGAGAAACCUUUAAAUGACCGUCGAGUUCACUUUAAAACAUCGAGGUCAAAUAGUGUAAAUGACGAUAAAAUAUCAGAUAUGAAGCCAAAAUCUAGAAGAAUGUCGCAGAUUUUGUCCGAAACUUCCAAGAUUUUACAACAAUACAUAGAAAAUCAGGAUCAAGCUGUUUAUAAGUUACUAAUUCUUGCAAAAAGAAUUCCCUCGCAGUUUACGGCUACCUUAAUUGCAGCGGGUGCUAAAGGCUGGAUUCGUUUCUGGUCAAUCAGACCAGGGGGAGGAUUGAUAGGGCAAUUUAACGCCGCUCAUUUAGUUGGAGAUUCGAUAUUAUCGAUCUGCACAGAUACUUGUAAUAUAUUUCUUUUUACGUCAGACACGGGAGGUUACGUUAAAGUUUGGGAUAUCGGAGACUAUUGUGUGGAAGAACCAUUGAACGAAACUUUUAAACACCGCCUCAAUUUAAUUAGAGCACAGUAUGAAGUAGCUUUCCCUCUCUUGUCAUUGCCACAAACAAUAUGGGACAAAGUACUUAAGCAAAAAAAACACGAACCGCCUUCCAAGUGUUCAUUACCUCAUCGUACUUGGACUGCUCCAAAGCUAUUAACCUCCUUUAGGGCUCACAUGCAGCCAAUAAAUUCUAUUGAUUAUGUGAAUGACAAACAGAUUAUCCUUACUUGCAGUUCCGAUAGGAGCAUACGGUUAUUUUCAUUAACUGGACAAUUUCUGGGUGUAUUAGGUAAAGCGAGAAAGAAUCCCCCAAUUUUACUAAAUAUGUAUACCAAUAAAGAUUUACCGCCAAUUGAUAAGGACAUCAAUCAGUUAGAUAUUAUCAGAUCAGCACGGACUAAGUAUUAUCCCCCACCAGACAUUGCUAAAGAAGCGUCUCCAACCACUCUUCACGUUAAUAAAAUGGGUAAAAGCCGUUUGUGGAAGCGUGUUAAAACAGCCGUUAGUACAAGUAAACCUUCGGAUAAAAAGAUCAGAUUUGGGAAGACGGUAGGAGUCUCUGAAUUUUCUUCAAGAUUUAAAAAGCUGAGAACAAGAUAUUUGCAAAGGCAACAUGGAAUGUUUGGCCUAUGUUGCAGUGAGGUCAAUGAAAGAGUUUACUGUUUGCCACCUUCUAUAAACAAGUCUCUCACACCGUUAAAAUCGAAAAUUCUGGGAAAUUCUUAUAAAAAAUUAAGAAAUUUUAGAAGUUUUGAUGGCGUAAAAUGUAAAAUUGAUUUUCAACAAAAUUAUCCAUGCGUUUACUCGAAUUUAAGGAUUCACGAAAUGGAUAAUGAACCGAUUGUUCCUAAGCAACUUCAGAUGUUCAAUGAAGAUGAAAAAUGGAUGCAAAAAGUGCUGGAAACUGAUAAACAGAUUCGCUUAAAGAAGAAACCCGAAGUUAAAUCGAGGGCAAGAUCAAGCCCUAUAUCCGAUAAGUUGGAAAUUAUCCCGAAACAGCCUACAAAGAUUAAUGACAGUGAUAAUAAGCUCUACGAACGGUCAAAGUAG